GUUCAGCGGAAGUGAAUGAAAAUCAAAAUAAAUUCGAAAAGAUAUUUGGCACAUUUAGGUUCAGAGCAAUAAGAGAUGAAUGAAGGAGCAUGCAUUUGCUUACCAACAUAGAACCAGAAAGAUAUUCUAGUCAUGGGUUGCUACCUAACAAAGAACUUACCUCAUGACCCAAAUGGGCGGAUCUUCAAGGUCUAUAAUGUGAACGAUCUCGGUGCAGAAAUCAGUCCAGGAAAAAUAGAAGUCACUGAAAAUGACCUCAUAUUUUACCAGAAAGGUAAAGAGCCAAUCAGAUGGCCAUUACGUUGUUUGAGGAGAUAUGGCUUCGACGAGGAAUUAUUUUCAUUUGAAAGUGGACGUCGGUGCCCCACAGGGUCUGGGAUUUACGCUUUCAAGUGUCACAGAGCGGAGGAGUUGUUUAAUCUAGUCCAAGAAGCAAUACAGAAUGUUGGUCAGAAUGCACAUCAAAAUGCUCAUCUCAGGGCUAGUCAGACAAUGGUAAACGGUAACACUGUUGUAAAUCCUCGCUCCACUAGUCGUCCAGCAUCGCUGGUUGAUCCUCACGAGCCAGGUGGUAUUAGACUGUCUGGGACUGGGCGUGUUAAUGUGGUACCUUAUGAUCAACACUUGUACAUGAAUCAAAAUGGUAGUGCAGUACAGCAAGAAGAUUCUUCUCCGAAUUACGUUAACACUGGCGCAAAUCAAAUCGGCACUAGAAACGAGCCCAUUGAUGAUGUAAGUGCUUUGAUUGACUUUUUACAUGAUCCACCUAUGGCUCCAGCUCCGCCAAAGCCUGACACUGUUAACUAUGCUGACCUUGAUCUUCCAAGGUCAACAGAAAACAUAUUUGAUGCUUGUGAUGGGGCGUGUGCUAUGGAGCCAGUUGGGAAUGGAAGUGUUUCACAUGCAGAUAAUAGGGAUAGUUACACAGGUUCUGAAAGUCAAAAUGGGAUAGAGAUGGAUGAUGUACAGUUAAAUUAUGCUGACCUUGAUGUGUUUACAGAAACUGCAGAGGAUAACGGGCAUCCAAACUAUAUAAACCUGGAUGCUGAGGGAAGACUGAAGGAUAAAACACUUGCAAAUGGAAGACCGGAUUCCUUGUCUAUGAACGGUGCUAUACAAAGUGAGACAAUGAGAAAAAAUUUGCUGGUCCGUAAACUCAGUAUUGAACAGAAUUACGCAAAUGUGGGUGCUGCAAGUUUUACAAAUAUCCCUGACCCAAGCCCUGUGAGUAUGAAUCCUGCUGGAGGAUUAGGCACACCUAAUGGCAGUAACUCGGCACAGAGACUGUCUAACCCCGGAGAACUGAACUAUAUCGAGAUAGACGUCAAUAAAACUGAUGGAGAUGUUGCUCCCGGGGCAACUUCUUCUGCAAUGUCUGUAUCUUUCACAGUUCCAGACUCGCCAAGCAAGCGAACAGAGAGUUACGCAAUGAUUGACUUUAAUCGCACUGUUGCUUUGUCAAAUUCUGCAAAGCCUGUCAGUGAAAACGAGGAAGGAUUACGGAAAACACGUCACAACAGCACAAUAAACUGAGCUUCUGAAUAUAUGUCUUUCUAGUAAAAUAGUAUUAUGUUUCCCUAGUUAACUAUUUAUAUGUGAUUUGUGAGGGUUUCAUGUUUUUUUCUGAAGGAUCUCUCAUUUCACAUUGCAUCAAAAUUAUUGAAUACUUAUGUUGGUUUUUAUUAGCUCACCUGAGCACGAAGUGCUCAAAGGUGAGCUUUAGUGAUCACCCUGUGUCCGGCGUCCGUCGUCGUCCGUCCGUCCGUCCGUCGUCAACAAUUUGACUGUUAACACUCUAGAGGUCACAUUUUUGACCCAAUCUUAAUGAAACUUGGUCAGAAUGUUACCCUCAAUAAAAUCUUGGACGAGUUCGAUAUUGGGUCAUCUGGGAUCAAAAACUAGGUCAUGAGGUCAAAUCAAAGGAAAAGCUUGUUAACACUCUAGAGGUCACAAUUUUGGCCCAAUCUUAAUGAAACUUGGUCAGGAUGUUACCCUCAAUAAAAUCUUGGACGAGUUCGAUAUUGGGUCAUCUGGGGUCAAAAACUAGGUCACCAGGUCAAAUCAAAGAAAAAGCUUGUUAACACUCUAGAGGUCACAUUUUUGGCCCAAUCUUAAUGAAACUUGGUCAGAAUGUUACCCUUAAUAAAAUCUUGGACGAGUUCGAUAUUUGGUUAUCUGGGAUCAUAAACUAGGUCACCAGGUCAAAUCAAAGGAAAAGCUUGUUAACACUGUUGAAGCCGCAUUUAUGACUGUAUCUUCAUGAAACUUGGUCAGAUUGUUAAUAUUGAUGAUCUUAAGGUCCAGUUUGAAUCUGGGUCAUGUAGGAUAAAAAACUAGGUCACCAAGCCAAAUCAAAUGAAAAGCUAGUUUACACUAGAGGCCACAUUUAUGACCAUACCUUAAUGAAACUUGGUCAAAUCUUGAUGAUCUAUAGCUCAAGUUCAAAUCUGGGUUAGGUGGGGUCAAAAACUAGGUCACUAGGUCAUAUCAAAGGAAAAGCUUGUUAACACUCUAGAGGCCACAUUUAUGACUAUAUCUUCAUGAAACUUAGUCAGAAUGUUAAACUUGAUGAUCUUUAGGGCAAUUUUGAAUCUGGGUCAUGUCGGGUCAAAAACUAGGUCACCGGGUCAAAUCAAAGGAAAAGCUAAUUAACACUGUAGAGGCCACGUUUAUGACCAUAUCUUAAUGAAACUUGGUCAGAAUGUUAAUCUUGAUAAUCUUUAGGUCAAGUUUAAAUCUGGGUCAGAUGGAGUCAAAAACUAGGUCACUAGGUCAUAUCAAAGGAAAAGCUUGUUAACACUCUAGAGGCCACAUUUUUGACUAUAUCUUCAUGAAACUUAGUCAGAAUGUUAAACUUGAUGGUCUUUAGGUCAAGUUCGAAUCUGGGUCAUGUCGGGUCAAAAACUAGGUCACGGGGGUCAAAUAAAAGGAAUAGUUAGUUAACACUUUAGAGGCCACAUUUAUGACCAUAUCUUAAUGAAACUUGGUCAGAAUGUUAAUCUUGAUGAUCUAUAGGUCAAGUUUAAAUCUGGGUCAGGUGUGUUAAAAAAACUAGGUCACUAGGUCAAAUCAAAGGAAAAGCUUGUUAAGACUCUAGAGGCCAGAUUUAUGACUGUAUCUUCAUGAAACUUAAUCAGAAUGUUAAUCUUGAUGAUCUUUAGGUCAAGUUCGAAUCUGGGUCAUGUGGGGGCAAAAACUAGGUCACUGGGUCAAAUCAAAGGAAAAGCUAGUUAACACUUUAGAGGCUACAUUUAUGACCAUAUCUUAAUGAAACUUGGUCAGAAUGUUGAUCUUGAUGAUCUUUAGGUCAAUAGGUCAGGUGAGCGAUACAGGGCCUUCAUGGCCCUCUUGUUUUUUCUCUGCAAUGAGAAAAUGCUAGGCGAAUGAAAUAUCUAUAAUUUUUACAGGGCAUGUUUUCUCCCAUUUAAAGGCAUCUUCCCUUAGAAAAUUUCUUUGAAAUCAUGCUUUUUUCAAAAAAAAAUUUUUUAUUGUAAAUCAGGAUUUUUAUUCCCUUUUGCCAAAAUAAGGAGCUAAUUUUCAGCUUACCUGAGCACAAAGUGUGAUCACAAUGUGUUCUUCAUGCUUUGUUCAUAGUCAACAAUUUGACUCUUAAAACUUUUGAGGUCACAAUAUAGGCCCAGUCUUUAUGUAAUUUGGUCAGAAUGUCCCUCAGUAAAAUCUCGGGUAAGUUCAUUACUCUGUUAUUUUGGAAACUAGGUUACUAGAUAAACUUGUUAACACUAUAGAGGUCAAAUUUUCUUCCUGAAACUUUGUCAGAAUGUUUGCCUCUAUGAAAUUUAGGUCAAGUUUGAAACUGGUUUACCUGAGAACUCAAACCAGGUCAUUAGGUUGAAUCAUAGAAAAACCUUCUUAACACACUAGAGACCAAAUGUUUUAGUUACUCUUAAAACUUUGACAGAGAUGUUGUUUCUAUGAAAUCUAGGUCAAGUUCAAAACUGGUUUAUCGGAGGUCAGAAACUUUGUCUUUAGGUCAGAUUGUAGAAAAACCUUGUAAACACUCUAAACACUAUAUUUAUGUCUCCCACCACACAGUGGUGUGGGAGACAUAUUGAUUUACUCCAGUCUCUGUGUCUGUGUGUGUGUCUGUCACAAAGCUUGUCCGCACUCUUAAGUCGAACAUUUCUCAUCCAAUUUUCACCAAACUUGAACAAAAUGUGUUUGACCAUAAGAGCUCGGCCAAGUUCGAUAACUAGCCAAAUCGGUCCAGGGGUCUUGGAGUUAAAGCCCUUGAAUUACCAAAAAUCAGCCUUUUUACUCUUGUCCGUACUCUAAUUCAAACAUUUCUCAUCCUAUCUUCACCAAACUUGAACAAAAUGUGUUUGACCAUGAGACCUCGGCCAAGUUUGAUAACUAGCCAAAUCGGUUCAGGCAUUUUGGAGUUACGGCCCUUGAAUUAUCGAAAAAUUGGCAGUUUUACUCUUGUCCGCACUCUUAAGUCGAACAUUUCUCAUCCAAUCUUACCAAACUUGAACAAAAUGUGUUUGACCAUGAGACCUUGGCCAGGUUUGAUAACUAGCCAAAUCGGUCAAGGCAUUUUGGAGUUACGGCCCUUGAAUUACCGAAAAAUCCGCCUUUUUACUCUUGUCCACUCUCUAAAUCCAACAUUUCUCAUCCGAUCUUCACUAAACUUGAACAAAAUGUGUUUGUCCAUAAGACCUUAGCCAAGUUCGAUAACUAGCCAAAUCCACCUAAGCACUUUGGAUUUAUGGCCCUUGAAUUACUGAUUGGAUCCACUCAUCCAGACCAUAUAAUUGGAUCCACUCGUCUAAACCAUCUAAAGAAACUAGACAUUUUACAUAGGGGCAGUUGUGGGAGACAUGUGCUUUUCUCAAAAGCAUCUCUAGUUUCCAUUUGAUUUUGAUAAAAAUUGUCAGAAUAUUUGUCUCAUUGAAAUCUAGGUCAGGUUUAUAACUGGGUUACCCGAGGUCAUAAACUAGUUCACACAGUUAAAUCUUUAAAAAAAAAAAAGCAGUCUAGAGGUCACAUUUUCUGCUUGAUCUGUGUGAUACUUCAUCAGAAUGUUAGUCUGUUUAAAAUCUGGGAUAAAUUUGUCAAUGGGCUGAAAAAACUAGGUCUGUAGAUCAGUUCUUUAAAAAAACACGUUAUAUCUGGAUGAUUUACAUAAAACGUUGCCAAAAUGUUUGCCCCUAUGAAAUCUGCUUUAAAUAAUAUGAUAGAAAUGUUUCUUCAGUGAUCUUCUACAAAGUUCGAUAAAAUUAUUGCAGGUUUGGCGAAAACUUGACUACCAGAGAAGUUAGUAACCUUUUCAUAAAUGUAUACAAUUUUUACUAUAUGCAUAUAUAUUGUCAGAAAAUUAAUUAACAC